UCUACCCAGACGCCAACCCUUUCCUCGCUUUCCGCGGUCCCGUCCUCUUGGUUUGGUUCACUCCGAUUGAGAUCGAGCCACCGCCCGCCGGCCGAAGAUCAAUCGCCGGCCGGAAUCUCCUCUGCAGGUUCGGUUCCGAUCCCCUUCUCCCGCUGAUAUAUUAAUCCACUCGAUCGGCUCGGAUCGUCCUUAAGUUACCCUAACCCUCCUCCCCCGUCGCCAUUGCCAUGGCCGGCGGCGGAGAGCGCUCCCCGUCGCCGCCCUCGGUCGCCUCCCCCGCCAAGCGCCGCCGCUCCCCUGAUGACGACCAGCCCGACACCUCCCAGAAGCGCCGCAAGGAUGACGGUUUGCACAUUGAGAGAAAUGUUCUUCAUGACAACUGGGAUGAUGCAGUGGGGUACUACAAUUACCGGUUCGGGGAAUUGCUGCAUGGCCGUUAUGAAAUCACAGCAGCGCUUGGGAAUGGUGUGUUCUCAAAAGUCGUGCGGGCAAGAGAUCUUAAAGCUGGGAAAGAUGAUCCCGAAAAGGCUGCUAUUAAAAUUGUUCGCAACAAUGACACGAUGUACAAGGCUGGUAAGCAAGAGGUUUCAAUAUUGGGAAAACUUGCAAGUGCGGACCGCGGCGACAAGCGCCACUGUGUGCAGUUUAUUUCCAGUUUCAGGUACCGGAACCAUCUUUGCUUAGUUUUUGAAUCUCUCAGUAUGAAUCUUCGUGAGUUACUGAAGAAAUUUGGUCGUAAUAUCGGGCUUAAACUGACUGCGGUGAGGGCAUAUUCAAAGCAGCUUUUCAUCGCCCUGAAGCACUUGAAGAACUGCAAAAUUUUGCACUGUGAUAUAAAGCUGGACAAUAUCCUGGUGAACGAAGCUAAGAAUGUGCUGAAGCUAUGUGAUUUUGGCAACGCUAUGCUUGCUGGAAUGAAUGAGGUUACACCUUAUCUUGUCAGCCGUUUCUAUCGGGCACCCGAGAUUAUUCUUGGGUUGCGCUAUGACCACCCGUUGGACAUGUGGUCAGUUGGCUGCUGUCUAUAUGAGCUUUACACCGGAGAAAUCUUAUUCCCCGGAAAAUCAAACAAUGAUAUGCUUCGGCGUCAUAUGGAGUUGAAGGGCCCCUUCCCUAAGAAGAUGCUUCGAAAGGGUGCCUUUACGAUGCAACACUUCGACCGAUAUCUGAAUUUUCAUGCUACUGAGGAGGAUCCGGUGACAAAAAAGGUUGUGAGAAGGUUAAUUUUGAACAUUAAACCAAAGGGCAUUUGUUCUUUGUUUCCAAACUUUCCUGGAGAGGAUCACAAAAUGCUAUCCAAUUUUAAAGAUCUUAUUGAUAAAAUAUUUGUUUUAAAUCCAGAAAAGAGGAUAACAGUAGAACAAGCACUUAGCCAUCCUUUUAUCACUGCUAUGAGAUCAGAGUACGUGGAUGAAGCAUGGAACUUAUGGAAGAAAUGGCUAUCUGCAGACCUUUCUGCGUGCACUUAUGAUUUGGAUAUGUUCUGUUGUUUGUAAGACAACGAGCCAGUUGGCAUUCCAUUUACAUUCUUUCCUGUGGAUUUACAAGAUACACAUUUGGAUCAUCUUUAAUUGUCGCUUAUCAU